AUGAAUAUGAAGAAGCCAUCAAGAGUGCAGAGAAGCAGGGGAACCAGUUGCACAUGAACGUAUACAAAAUGAAAGGGCAGGCCUGCGGAGGCCCUCUAAAGACGGAGGUGAAGGAGCUGAAAGGAGAUCUCCGACCUGCUCCUCCAUACCCCUCCAGGGUCAAGACAGUGGACAAGGGCACGCAGGUCACCCCGGAGCGAGAAGCUGUCACAGUAAAGGACAACAAGGGGACCAAACCAGAUGAUGAGCCCCCUCCAAUGUGGUUUAGAUCAUACAUGGAAAAGUUUAAGGAUGAAGUGGUGAAAGAGGUCGUUGAAAGGAUGUGCAGUGACUUUUCUGGUCAGUGCUGCACCCACAAGUCCUCUGAUGGGCCCCCUGAGCCCAGUGGGGCCAGUGGUGGACCUAUAGGACCCAGGCCGGGACCCUCCACCUCCAGUGGGUCCCUUGGCUACACCCCAAACUGCAGUAGCUGCAACAAACUCACCUCUGAAGGGGCGUACAAGUGCAGUGUGUGUCCAUCCUGCAUCCUGUGCGAGAUGUGCCGACAUAGCCAUGACCCCAGCCACAACCUCGUGAGAACCAAGACACCUCUCUCCAUCCCUGAGCACGGGAUGUCUGGAGAGUUAAGGUUCCCACGGCGAGGAGACAGGACAGUGCGCAAGGCCGAGCGACAGCGCCUCAAAGCAGAAAGGAGGCAGCUCAGAGCAGAAGUGAAGGAAAUCAAGAAGAAACUGAGACUGGAGAAGAGGGGGCUGCAGUGGAGCGGGCCCUCUACCUCAGGCAGAGCCAACCUGACAAACAUGGCCUCUGCGUCCACCCAGGUCCCAGCCCUGCCCCCCCCUGCUGACUCAGAAACAGCCUCAGGUCCAGCCCCAGCCCACGGUCCCAUCCCCGCCCCGGUCCCCGACCCCCAGGCCUCCAGUCCAGAGGGUCCCGGGGUCUCGCACUCGUCUUUGGUGCCCACUAUGGCUGCCUUGUUUCUGGAUGAAAAUCUGCCUGACGGCACCCGUCUGGAGCCCGACACCAAGUUCAUCAAAUACUGGAAGAUGAGGAAUUCGGGCACUAUCAGCUGGACCCCAGAGACUAAGCUAGUGUUCAUGUGGGGAAACCUCGACCUGGCGUCAGAGAAGAAGAGGGAGGUGCCGGUCCCCUUGCUGCUCCCCGGCCAGGUGGGGGUGGUCAGCGUGGCCUUUGUCGCUCCCGUGAUGGAGGGGACGUACACC